AUGCGAACACCUACCUCAAAUGCGGAGCAGCAACCCGGUGACAUUCUUUGGGAUGAAAUAUUCUCUACCAAUCCUCGUGGGUUCGAAGUUCUGAAAACCCCGCUUCCGGAAUUAUCCACCCACGAGUCACGCGAUUUUUGUCUUGACCCUAUUUACGAAUACAAAGGGCUUGCAAUAAAAUGCGAUGUGUCUUAUCGAGAGAUAGAUAUGGCAAAACUUGCAGGUGAUUGCGGGAUCAAAGUGCAUGGCUACGUACUACGUGCGUACAAAGACUUUCCCGAGCUCCAGCUCUGCAGAGUUGGCCUUGUAAUGGAGAUCGGCCGCUCCCUGGCCGAUUAUAUCAAAACAAUUAGCGACAACGAACCUUAA